GCGACCAUGUCCGGGUAUCAUAUCAGAGAGGCUACAGAGAACGACGUCGAAACGCUCCUUCAGCUCAUAACUGAUCUUGCGGUAUAUGAGAAAGAACCGAAUGCUGUAAAGGCUACUCCAGACCUCCUGCGCCAAAACCUAUUCGAAAAGCGACACGCCAAUGCCCUCAUCGCGUACACUGGUACCCCGGAAAGUCCAGGCGAACCCAUAGGCAUGGCCCUAUAUUUCUUCAACUUUUCCACUUGGACGGGAAGGCCUGGUCUCUACCUCGAAGAUUUGUAUGUCAAACCUGAACACAGGGCUGGAGGCAUCGGAAAGGCCUUCUUCAACAAGCUUGGGAAAAUCGCUGAAGAAAAAAACUGCGCCAGGAUGGAAUGGGUCGUCUUAACGUGGAACCAGCCAUCAAUCGACUUUUACGAAAAGCGGUUAGGGGCACAGCGGAUGUCCGACUGGGUGGGCAUGCGGCUGGAUGAGAAGGGCAUUCGAGAUCUCAGGAAUCUCGUUUAGACGCCCUCUCGGUGGGUGGAUUAUCUCGUGUUGCGGAGUCUAGUGUCGUGCUUCGAUGAGUG